AUGCCUGCAUAUGUGGCUACAGUCAGUCAAAUGACUGAAAAGCGUCUGAAUGUGGAUUUUGUGGAGAAACUCCGUGAGUUAGGAAUGAAAGAGACUGAUGAGGAAGGCAAAGAAAAGAGAACAUUGGAAGGAAGGAUAGCAACUCAGGGUGAACAGGAUAGCCUGCUACAUCCCCAGCGCCCCAUCCCCAAACUCAAAACAGGAAAUGGGCAAAGGAAGAAACCCACAACACCAAGGCAUGGAGCCAACACGUACCACCCCAACACCUUGCUCCUCUCCCUGGCUUCCUGUUUCCCGAUUUCCCCUCACUGGUUCCUCACUCCUAUCACUCUGAAGAAGACAGUCACCAUCUGUCAGGUGGAAGAAGACCUCCACAGAAAUGUGGUCUCCGGUGUGGCUGUCUCCGAUGGUGUCAUAAAGGUGUUCAACCACAUAAAGGUGCCUAAGUCUUCAAUGCCGGAGGAGGUGAAAAGACACAAGAAGGUGGAGCUCUUCUGCCUGAGUGAGGGCAAGAAGAACACCAUCCUGGAGGAGGGCAAGAAGAUCCUGGUGGGCAAUGUGGGCCAGAUGGAUGACUCCUAGGCCACCUUUGUCAAGAUGCUGCCAGAUAAGGACUGCCACUACAUCCUCUAUGACACAACCUAUGAGACCAAGGAGAGCAAGAAGGAGGACCUGGUGCUUAUCUUCUGGGCCCCUGAGUCUGGGCCCCUUAAGAGCAAAAUAAUCUAUGCCAGCUCCAAGGAUGCAGUCAAGAAGAAGCUGACAGGGAUCAAGCAUGAAUUACAAGCAAACUUCUGCGAGGAGGUCAAGAACCACUGCACCCCGGCAGAGAAGCUGGGGGGCAGUGCCACCAUCUCCCUGGAGGGCAAGCCUUUGUGA